AUGUUGCGAGUCGAAAGGCUUUUUCACAAAGUGUGGCAGGCCACCAAGGUCAUCAAUGUAGAGCAGCUAAGACAUGGCUUCAGCGCGUGUCUCCUCCCACACAAACUUCGAGCUUUCAUCAUCCUCAUCCUCACCAUACCAGCAGUGGUGCUAUACGCCACCACGCUCCAUGUUCCCGCCGACGAUCCAACUGCGCCCCACAGAAUAUUCCCACAGGUCCCGCUCAGGAAGGUAGCCUCAAACAAACUCGGCCAGUUGCAAAUGGAUUUGCAGCUGGCUAUAGCCGGGGACGGCGACCUGCAGCCGUUCCCGCUAAGCCAGGAGUUUCUCGACAAUAAUGACUUUGACUCGGUUCCACUCGAGACCUUCACCGACCCUUACCCUGUCGUACGGGACAAGCCGUCCAACUACAUUUUUAAAGAGAAGUUGAUGUGCCCGGAAUUGGCAUUUGAGCACAACAUCGAGAAAUCCAAACAGUUUUACCUAGAUGCCGAUUUUGAGCUCAUGAUGAAGAAGUUGAACGAGAUUGAAGACUAUGCUCGGUUGCUUCGCAAGGCAAAGAAGAAAUUCCAGCCAACUAUACCCGAGCAAGAGCAGUGGUUGCGAUUCGGCGGCGCCAGCGUGUGGCUCCCCCAGUUUAAUGUCCACUACAUGGUGAGCCGCGUCCUCUUUUCGCCGUCGGGGAUAGCCAACAAGGCCUACGUUUCCUUCCUUUACGUGCAGAUCUUUGACCAAAAGUGGCAAGAGUUGCCCGUGGGGACCCAGUUGAGCAUCCCCUAUGCCGAACGCAAGGAGAUGCAUCAGAUCAACAUCGAUGGCUCCCUCAUGAGCUAUGAAAACUCGCCCGAGCUAGAUUUCAAAAUCCUCGAGUUCCCGCAUAUCCUCCCCAUUAGACUCGACUAUGCCAUGGAGGUCGCCAAUGGGAAAUACUACUACGGGCCCGAAGAUCCGAGAGUCAUCUUGCACACCAACCAGUUGGGGUUCCAGGAGCCGUUGAUUGCCUUCAACAUGAAGGACUUACAAUUGACCAAACGGACCAUGUUUAUCUAUUUGCCAUUCAGCAACCACUUGACGGUGCUCAAGAAGCGCAACGAGCCCUACGCCAAUAUUGAGAAAAACUGGACUCCCUUUGUUAGUCCCUCACAUGGUCCACAGAGUAACCAAGUCAAUUUCAUCUACACUUUGGUGCCGUUAUCGGUGCUCCUGUGCGAGAUCGACACUGGCAUAUGCGAUUUCCUCCAAAAGGGCGAAAAGAAGGACUUUGACUAUGUCGGUCCGCUACGAGGCGGAACUCAGCUAGUGACGUUGCCACUAGAUAAGCUUCCUCCCACGGUGAAGCAGCAGAUCAAGAUACCCGAGAAUCGUCAAGUCUUUUUAGGUUGGGCCCGCGCCCACCUCAACAAGUGCGGCUGCGGCGAAUCGAUGUACCGGCCCAACAUGAUUGUGUUUAUCGAGGACUACGACCGCGAGCACGACAGGUUCUACUAUAAGAUCGCGGACGUUUCCUCCUCGUUUGACUUUGGUGCCUUUGUGCCGCCGUGGAUAACCGGUAAGAAAAAAAUCGCCGCGCUGGACCAUUGUCAAGGCCGCAAUGUGCUCAUCCCUAAUUCCAUCGCGUACUGGGAAGUCGACGCUUUCAACGAGAACGAGGCUCAGCAACCACCGGUGACGUUCACGGACUACAUGGGGGUCACUCUAUCUGCAGCCGAUAGCGAUGUCUCCAUUGUGCAUUUGCGCGGGUUGUUGAAUUACCUUGUCAAGAUGCCGAGCUUGUUCGAUGCCGACACGGUGGUUUCACUGGCGGAUAAAUUCAACAUUCGGGGCUCGGACUGGAAUAACAAGUGCGCCAUGGAUGCUAGCAAGAAAUACUGCAAGGAUUAUGCCUUGCGUAUGUCACCAAAAAGACUAAAAAAUUGA